AGCAACAGCAACAACAACAACUACUUAUGUAAUGAGAGCAGCGAAGCCUGGGACGGACGAAGCAUACAAAAUAACUGUUUGUGUGUGUGUCCCCGCCCAGUGGUUACACGGACCAACACUAAACCCACUACACUACUCGAUGUAAACCAUAUAUUACAAGCAAUAUAAAGGGGUGCAAAGUACACAACCAGAAGAGGCAUGGCUAACUGCUGAGCUUCACUUUUAAAGCAAGUCAACCAGCUUGCCUCUUUACUUCAGUCCAUUUCACCAUGUUUGCUUCAAUCCUCCUGCUAUGUGUCUGUGUAGUCUUCAUCCUCUUUCAACUGAAAUCCCGGAGGCCCAAUAACUUUCCACCGGGACCCUCUCCCCUUCCAAUACUGGGGAACAUUUUGGAACUGAGUCUAGAAAACCCCCUGAAGGACUUUGAGAGGCUGAGGAACAUCUAUGGGAAUGUGUACAGUCUGUUUCUCGGUACCAAAGCAGCUGUAGUCAUCAAUGGGAUGAAGGCCAUGAAGGAUGCUAUAGUGACCAAGGGCAUUGAUUUUGCUGGAAGACCCCAAGAUCUGUUUGUCAAUGACAGCACCGAGAGGAAAGGAGUGAUUCUGGCAGACUAUGGCCCGAGUUGGAAGGUUCACCGUCGCUUUGCUCUGAUGACUUUAAGGGACUUUGGUCUUGGGAAGAAUUCCAUGGAGGAGAGGAUUCAUGGAGAGAUCAAAUACAUUAUCGAUGAUCUGGAGAAAAGUAUUGGAAAAUCCUGCAGUCCUCAGCUCAUGUUUCAUAAUGCAGCCUCCAACAUCAUCUGCCAAGUUCUGUUUGGUCAGCGCUACGAGUAUGAAGAUGAGUUUAUCAAAGUGAUUGUGAAGUGCUUCACUGAUAAUGCCAAGUUAGCCAAUGGACCAUGGGCUAUGCUGUAUGACUCUUUCCCAAUGAUUCGUAGCUUGCCACUGCCCUUUAGACAGGCGUUUAAGAAUGUCAAGACAUGUCAGGGUCUGGCGUUACCUGUAGUGCAGGAGCACAAGAAGACCAGAGUACCUGGAGAACCACGAGACUUUAUUGACUGUUAUCUAGAUAGGCUGGACAAGGAGAAAGGCGAUGAUACUUCUUCCUUUUCAGAAGAUCUGAUGAUUAUGUACACUCUAGAUCUUCACUUUGCAGGGACUGACACUACCUCCAACACCCUUCUUACUGGUUUCCUUUACCUAAUGACCUACCCACACAUACAAGAGCGUUGUCAGCAGGAGAUAGACAAUGUGUUGGGAGGGAAGGAUCAGGCCAGUUUCGACGACAGACACAACAUGCCUUACGUGCAGGCUAUGAUCCAUGAAAUCCAGAGGGUAGCCAACACUGUGCCACUGAGUGUCCCCCACUGUACGAUUAAAGACACAGAGCUUAUGGGAUAUUCCAUUCCCAAGGGUACGCUGAUCAUUCCUAACCUGACCUCAGUGCUUAAUGAGGAGGGACAAUGGAAAUUCCCCAAUGAAUUCAACCCUGAAAACUUCCUUAAUGACCAGGGAGAGUUUGUUAAACCAGAGGCCUUCAUGCCUUUCUCAGCAGGUCCUCGUAUGUGUUUGGGAGAGGGUCUGGCUCGUAUGGAGCUCUUCCUCAUCCUGGUGACGCUGCUCAGGAAGUUCAAUUUCAUCUGGCCUGAGGAUGCAGGAAAGCCAGACUACACUCCAGUCUAUGGCGUCACUCUGACUCCCAAACCAUAUCACAUGAACGUCCAACUCAGGCAAACAAAGUAAAGCUGUCUUCAGAUAUACAGCAGAAACAGAGGAGACAUAGAUUGAUAAAAACAGCUUUUAACUACUCGUAACAAAUACAAAAACAACAAAAGAGAGCGUUUUUAGCCAACUGUAAUGGCUGUAAACAAUACAUUACAUUACAUACAUCAAGGUGAGUGAUCACUCUUUUGGAAAACAUUUAAUUUAUCGUAUAGCUGGAGUACUGGACUUUCACAUUCAUAUAAAUGUCCACUACACAAAAAGGUUUCACAAAACGCUGUUUAAUCCUACUGCCACUGGGAAAGUAUUUCUCAGUUCACCAGAUUGUUGGUGUCUGGCGUCUGUGACCACAACCCGCAAUGGCGCGUAUAUCGCAGGAACUAUCACAGGGAAACAGACAACAUGUUAAGCUACCUAUCAUGUGGCCUCCACUGGUACCUUGCUGCCUGAGCCCGCAAUCAAUAAUAAUAAUAAUAAUGAUGACUUGGAUUUAUAUAGCGCCUUUCAUAAUACCCAAGGUCGCUUCACAAAGUGGGAGGAGGGAGGUAGAGGGAGGGGUGGGGGGUUAGGGAGGAUAGGCAAGAGAGAAGAGGUGUGUUUUGAGGUGCUUUUGGAACUGUGUAUGUGACGUGGCAGAACGGAUAUGAGGGGCCAGAGUGUUCCAGAGGGUAGGGGCAAGUACACAGAAAGCCCUAUCGCCAAAGGUUCUGAGUCUGGUGCGAGGAGUGGAGAGUAAGUCCUUGCUGGUGGAGCGCAGGGACCGUGACUGGGAGUACGGCUGGAGGAGGUCGGUGAUCUACUGGGGUGCCAAUGAGUGAAGUGAUUUGUAGGUGAGGAGGAGGAUUUUGUAUCAGAUCCUUUGUUUGAUUGGCAGCCAAUGGAGUUUCUUGAGGAUGGGGGUGAUGUGCUGCCAGGGCUUGGUGUGCGUUAACACCCUGGCAGCUGAGUUCUGGACAAUCAAACCAAAAUACUUCCUGGUAACCUGUCCUUACUUACCUCACCUUCGCAAUCAAUCAAACAUACAACUUUUUAUAAUAUAUUACAAAUUAUAAGCUUUCAACAUGCUAACUAAAUACCAUGUUAUCAGUUUGGCGCUAAAAAGGUUCCUAUACAGUAUAUCCUUCUCAUUAGACCCAAGUACUCUGCUGGAAAUGAACCAUCUCAGAAACAGAUGCACAUCUGCAGUUGCCUUUUCUCUUCCUUUGAAACUGUGGCUUGCUUGACAGGCACUCCCUAGAUGUUGCUAAUCGGUUCCAAUCCUGGGAUCCACACCUGCUUCUGAUGACUCUCAGGGUAUGCAAAGGGUUCUCUAUUCUCCUUUUUGCUGUCUUUUCAGCCUCUUGGUCUUUACUUAGGCGCUUCCCCAGCUGAAAUAUUCACUGCAGUCGGCAGCUGAAUGCUAGCUAUGACAGCUAACCAUACACAUACUUAAUUAGGCCCAGCAGGGACAAUGACAUCAUCAUUUCGGUGGGAGCACUACAUCGAGCAUAGUCGUUAUUAUGGGAGUUAAACCAAACUUACAGUAGGACCUAAAAAAAAAAUUACUUCCUUAACAUUGUAUUUGAAAAGGGACAUUUAUAUUUGCCCUUAACCUUAACCACAUCAUUUAUGAUGAUUAAGGGUGUAUGACUAACCCUUAACGAGAUAGUCUUUUUAACCCAAACCUUGAUGUUUUCCAGAACAAAACAAGUUGUUUCUUUGCCUUAAUCUCCGCCAACCUUUAUAUUACACCGUAUGUGUUUUUUUUAAACAGGAUUUGGUAUAUGUAUACUUACUACCAUUUACCUUUGUAUUCAAAUGUCAUGCUUUGAAAAGUAUACCUGGCACUUCUCAAAAUGACGUACUUUGAUAUGUAUACCUACUACCUAUUCACCUUUGAAUCCACAUUUCUUGUUUGGAUAUGUAAACUUAGCAUUACCUCAAAUCACUUGCUUUUAUAUGUAAUUGAUUUAUAUGAGAUUAAAUGUUGCUGGUCUUUCUGGCUAUUUGUUCAAGGUUUUACUCUGAUGUGCAAGAUAAUUCAAAUGUUGUGCUAACAAAAUAAACAGCAAUGUUAACAUCA